UUGGCGAGCACAUGCCACGUUGAGAGAAAAAUAUCUGAACUGAGGACCAGCUACAGGGGCUCGCGAGGACCAUUUGAGUUUAAUCCACCUUACAACAACAACAACAAAACUCCAGCAAGUGGUUUAACAAACCUCUGAAACAAGCAGCCGACUGAGGACCUGAGAGAGCCGCAAGGAUGCACUUGUUGUCCGCCAGCUGCGUGUGUGCCCUCCUCUUGGCCACGCUCCCCCGCCAAGUCAGCAGUUUGGAGACUGUUAUCGGCCUGUAUGGGGAAACAUUGGAGAUCCCCUGCAACAAUGGAGCCAUAAAUGCAAAGGAAAUCAUGAUGACUAAAUGGAAAUAUGACAAAGGAGAGGGACUCACGGGAGAUCUGCUGGUCAAGAAGAACACUGUUUCAAUCAGCGCCGAUGAUGAAUACAAGGGUCGCGUGAGCAUUGCUGAAAACUCCAGCCUGCUGCUUUCUGCAGCCAAGCUGACUGACCAGCGCACAUUCACCUGCAUGGUGGUAGCUGGCGCAGACAUCACAGAAUAUCCCGUUAAUGUGGUGAUCUACAAGACGCCGGCAGGCCUGGAGAUUUCUGGCAAAGCAGAGGACCUAGAGAUUGGCAAACUUACUAAGCUUGGGGAAUGUGUUGCAAAAGACUCCAAUCCAGCUGCAAAUAUCACAUGGCGAAAGAACAACACACCCCUGGUGGCUGAUGGGAAAGGGAUUUCCAUCCAAGCCACGGUGGCGGUGGACCCUGUUACUGGCCUUUCAACUACUUCUUCCAUGCUGAAGUACUCAGCCAAGAAGGAAGACGCGGGCGCUGAGUUUACCUGCAGCACUCAGCACGCUGUGGGCAAAGAGUUGGUGUCCUCUCCAGCGACCUUCACAAUCACCUACUCCACGGAGACCAUCGUCCUUCAGGUAACUGCUUCGGACCCUCUUGUUGAAGGAGAAAGCGUGAGUCUGAAGUGUAUGGCAGACGGUAACCCAGCUCCUACCGCCUUUAACUUCUACCUUAAGGGGGAGUUGGUGAAAGUGGAAAACACGAAUACUUACACCAUCACAAAUGUCUCACGUAACUCCACUGGAGAAUACAAAUGCUCUCUUGCUGACGACCCCACAAUGAAAGCAUCACAGAACAUCACAGUCAGCUACCUAGACAUCAAUUUAAGCCCCUCUGGAAGCAUCGUCAAGAAGGCCGGCGAGGCCGUGGAUCUAACUCUCCAGAUCGAUGCCUCUGGAGACGUCAAGGUCUCCUGGACAAAGGACAAUGUUAAACUGAACAAAAAGCCCAAGUUUACCACGCUGACUUACGCUGACUCUGGCCGCUAUGAGUGUGAGGUGAAGGUGGGGCUCCUCAGCCGAAAAGAUUUCCUUGAUCUGGCUGUCAAAGGUGCUCCAGUUAUCCGGCAGCUGACCAAACUGCGCGGGGAAAACGGCAAACAUAAAGUCCUGAUCUGUGAGGUUGAAGGUUCUCCGAAGCCAGCUGUUUCCUGGAGCAUCAACGGCACCUCGCUUGCUGAGAGUCCAUUUGUCGACGGAAAGAUCACACACAAGAUCACAGUUGUGCCUACUGCAAAUCUCUCUGUCUCUUGUUCGGUGUCCAAUGAGUUAGGCGCGGACAGUAUGACGAUUAAUGUGUCAUCCCUAAAUGAGGAGGUGAGAAUGGAUAAACAAGACCAAUCGGAUGAUAACGACCAAACCAAGCUGGUGGUUGGAGUUGUGGUCGGUCUCCUCGUCGCCACCAUAGUUAUUGGCCUGGCAUACUGGGUCUACAUGAAGAAAUCUAAGCAAGGAAGCUGGAAGACUGGUGAGAAGGAGGACGGGUCCUCUGAGGAGGAGAAGAAACUGGAGGAGAAAGUGGAUGAGACCAGCCAAAAAGCUGAGGUGUAAAGAACCGGCAACCAUCCUUUGGAAAUGUGAAAGUGGGAACGUGGAUCUUUUGCACAUUUCUCUUCACCUUUUUGUCUUGGGGGGGGGAAAAAACAGUGUACAUUGGGAUGAAGAUCCUUUGGAUUUGGUUUCAGGGAAAAUUUGACUAAAAAGCAUAUCCAAACACCCCCCUCAACCCUCAAACCAUCACCCCUCCAUUCCUGAAAAAAAAAGUUACAAUAAAAAAUGAAUGGAUACUGUAUGUGAUAUACAUAACUUGUCUGCACUACUGAUACAUGUGUACACGUGUCUCCUAUUAGGACUUGUGUUUGUUAGAAGGAAGUUUUUGGGAAACUGAGAAAAUGCAGAUCUUUUGGGUUUUGUUAGUUGAUGCAAGUAGAAUUACUACUAGAGCUGUUGCCUUUGCUCUAAGGAUGUGUAGACCUGCGUUAGUCUGACUCUUUGGCCCUCGGAGACAUAGCAGGAACCCGAGGGACAUCACCGCCGUCGCUUUUUAACUUCACGCCAUCACAGUCAAACAACCUCUGCCUUCAACGUCAGUGUACUAAUUCUAUUUAUUGGUGCAUUCGUUUCAGUUUGUUCAUUCAGGCAUAAAACAAUGUUUAAUGAAAUAGAGAUGGAAUUCAUGAAAGGGCUAUGGGUUUUGGGGGUUAUACUCAGCAUUAGUUAUAGAUGGUGGUAUGAUUUACAUUGCAGGAAGUAGGCGGUGUGACACAGAGUUCUUUGGCAUUACAUGAUUUUGAUUUGUUUGUUUGUUCUUUGAUUGUGUGUUCCUCUUUGCAAAGUAACCAGGACAGAAGCUCAGUUCGUUUUGCCUGUUUAUUUUUUCAAGUGUAACACAGGCAGGGAGAUUAUUGAGAGAAGGUUUUGGGUAACUCAACUUAAAUCACUGGCUUUAAUUUGGCUGUACAUAUGGUUUUACAUAAAGCCAUUCUUUGAUUUCACGCAAGAAGAACUCACCGAGCCUGAAGCAGUGAACGAAGGUUUCGAGGCUGCAAGUUAAUUCUAAAUGUGUUCUUCAUCAGUGUUGAGGUAUGAUUGUUUAUUGUGUAGCUAUGGCAUGUGACGGAGCACACCGAGAGGACAUGGUGUUUAUCUCAAAGUAGCCGUCAUGAUACAUUUGCCUUCUUUUGAAAAUCUACUUGUAAUUGCUUCAGUUUGUGAUGUGCACUAGGGUUCAUGUUUUCAUGUCAUAUUUGUGUAGAAUGAAAUGGAUUACAUGCAGCUGUACAUGUCACAAAUGCGGUCCCUUUCAAGAGCAUUAACUAAAUUUGAAAAUGUAUCAAAACCAGGAUAUAAUUGUGAAAUAUGUGAAUUAAUUUUCUUUUUGCUAUUUAUAUUGUAAAAAAAUUCCAGGUAGGCAAAUUCAAUAAUGUCCAUAUCAUUCAAAACCUAGAUUGAAACAGUCGGUAAAUUGCUUCAAGACUUUACACAAGUGUAAUUAAGUUGUGAGUCGUUGCUCAGAGUCUGGUUGAAUAGAUCCAGCAUGUGAUAAUCUCAGACCUCCAAGCUGCUGUUUGGAAAACCAUCUAAUUGGAAGACUGACCAAAGAAAGUGAACAUUGCCAUGCAAGUAUUGUAAAUACCUGAUGUUUGUUUUUGUACUUUUGUUUAAAAUAAAGUGUACAUUUGCGAAAGUUA